UGUCUCUCUCUCUCUCUUUCUUUUUAGUACCUUCUCCCUCUCUCUCUGUGUGUCUGUCCAAGUAGCAUUACAAAUCCUGGCUUUCUUCAGAACGCUUAGCUUGCUCUGCACUGUACAAAACUGCUCCUCGCUCUCAAAACACCAGGAACUAGACACACACAUACACAUAGGGUCAACACUUAGACACACACACACACCUCUCCUGGAGCUCCUGCAGAACCAGAAAGGAGGAGAAAAAAGAGGAUUGAAGAAUUUGGCCUCAAGUCCUUCAAACGCCUUCAAACUGCUGGGAUGAGGUGGUGGCUUGUGGUGGCCAGUCUGUGGCUGCUACUGGGGCUGACCAUUGCUGAUGCUCAGACUGGACACUGGAACCAAGACAGUGGGACCCGCAUGCAGAAGAGAAAGAGGGACGGACAAGGUCGUCGGCAGGCAAGAGGGGGACGCCUCAGACCUAUGAAGAUUAGACUGAUACCUGGUCCCAGCAUCCCAGUGGAGCCUAAAGAAAACCAUGGAAACACUCUGUUCCUGAAUUCCUACAAAAAUGUACAAGAACAGCACUCAACCUACAACCUUAUCCCAGGUAAGCAGGGCCACUGUGUGUACCAGGGUCUCACCAUGUUCGACCAAGCCGUCUGGUCUCCUCAGCCCUGUGUGACUUGUCAGUGUACCAGAGGACAAGUGGUUUGUGACAAGAUCACCUGUCCCAAAACACACUGCCAUUUCCCCUUCACUCCUGCUGGGGAGUGCUGUCCCGUCUGCAUGGAGCCAGAACCUGACCUCAGCCUUGACAUUUCUGGUGACUCCCCAGUUCCCAACGACACAGAUGAGGACGUGACCCUGCUGACCCAGACGGAGAUCCAGCGAAUUCUAUGGCGUGAGGAAGAGGAGCACAGAGAGGAAGAGGAGCGCUUGAGAAAGAAGGACGAGGCUAGGAAAAAGAAGAGGAAGCAGAGGAAGGAGCAGGAGGAGAUACAGAGAAAGAUAGUGGAGGAGAGGAGAAGGGAAGAAGAGGAGGCUCUGAAGCUGCAGUUAAAGAAAGAGGAGGAAGAGUGGAGGAAGCAGGAGGAGAGAAGGAGAGAGGAGGAGGAGAGGAGGAUAGAAGAGGAGGAGGACAGAAGGAAGAGGGAGAAAGCAGAGAGGGAAGCAAGGGAGAAAGAAAGGGAAUUAGAAGAGGAAAGGAGGAAGCAGGAGGAGAUACUGAGGGAGGAACUGCUCGCACUGAUGGAGGCGGAAGAGAAGCAUCGGGAGGAAGAAGAUGAGCAGAAGGGGUGGGGGAAGCAGGAGGAGGAAAGGUGGAGAUGGGAGGAAGACACCGAGAGAGAAGCAAGAGAGACUCAAAGGGAGCUAGAAAAAGAAAGGAGAAAGCAGGAGGAGAGAUUAAGGGAGAAACUACUGGAACUGGUGGAGGAGGAAGAGGAGAAGUACCAGGAGACACUGGAGGAGGAGGAAGAGGUCUGGCUGAGGGGAGAUGUGUUUCAGAUGCCCCCAAAAGAACCUGAAGAACCCGAAGAACCUGAGCGCCUCCCUACUCCGAUCCCAAAACCUCCUACUUCAAUAGAUGAGCUGGAGGAGCUGGAGGAGCUGGAGGAGAUUGAAACAGAGGUGGAGGAGGCAGUGGAGGUAGAGGAGGAAGAUGAGGAGAGGGAGGUUUUGGUGGUGGACAGAGGAAGCCUCCCUCCAGGCUGUGAAUUCUCUGAUGUCACUGUGACAUGUGAUAAUGCCAAACUCCUCUACUUCCCUCCUCUGGCCAUACCCGAGCUCAAAUCUCUCAGUCUGGAAGGCAACAGCAUCAGCAGCAUUCCAGCAGGAGCCUUCAACGGCAUCCCCAACCUGGAAUGGAUCAACCUGAAGAAGAACAAGCUCACCUCUGCUGGCAUUGAUGCUAAAGCCUUUAAAGGUUUGAAGAAUUUAAGGCGUCUCUACUUGGAUGGGAACCAUCUAGAAGCUGUGCCAAUUGACCUUCCUUCCACCUUGCAGGAGCUGAAGAUUAAUGAGAACAGACUGAAAAUCAUCAAUGAUCAUAGCUUCAGAGGUCUGAGCACUUUGGUGAUUCUGGAGUUAGAAGGAAAUCUGCUGAGUGAGGGGAAUGUAGCCCCUCUGGCUUUUGCUCCCCUCAUCCAGCUCUCAUACCUCAGAAUGGGCAGAAACCACUUCCGGACCAUACCACAGGGCCUUCCCAUGUCAUUACUGGAGCUGUACUUGGAAAAUAACUUGAUUGAGGAAAUCUCAGAGACAGUUUUCAAUCAGACUCACAGUCUGAAUGUGAUAUCUCUCAGACACAACAGGCUGGAUGAGAGCAGGAUCGCCCCAAUGGCCUGGAUUAACCACAGAAAUCUGGAGUCAAUCGACCUUUCGCAUAAUGACCUCUACCUGGUUCCUUCCUACCUUCCGAUGUCUCUGGUUCACUUAGUGCUUGUGGGAAACAAAAUAGAAAGGGUACCUGGUUAUGUCUUCGCUCAUAUGGACCCUGGCAUAGAGUACCUCUACCUCUCUUAUAAUAAAUUGGAUGGGGAGGGAAUCGAACCAGAGUCAUUCUUCGGCUCAUACAACUCAAUGGUGGAACUGUGUCUGGAUCACAAUCAGCUGGUCAGCGUGCCGUCUGGCAUCAACGAGAUGACCAAUUUACACUUUCUAAGACUCAACAACAACAAUAUAAGGAGUAUCCCUGAAGAAGGCAUCUGUGACCCGAAUCUCAGUGGAGAGUCGACUCUGGUUGCCGUGAGGCUAGAGAACAACUACAUUGACCCCAAGAAGAUCUCUCCAUCAGCCUUUUCCUGUGUACGCUCCUCCUCCAGUGUGGUCUUAAAACCCCAGAAAACACAGUGACCUGAGUUCACAUAAAUCAAAAAUUGCUUAAAGACACUUGUUGAAACCGUCAGAAACACAGAGGAUGAGAUUGGUUUUUAAUAUGACAACCGAAGACAAAAUGUAAGAUAAGUCCUCCCGUUUCUCACUCUCAUUCUGUAUGUUACUGACAUCACACCCAAAUGAAAGCUUAGAAAAAUGCUGUUCAGAAAUACAGGUUGAACAUGGGAAGAAGGAAAAAUGUAACUGUCAAAAGUUACGUCUGAUGUAAUUUACCAUGUGGGAAUCUUCUGCCUUGUCAUAUCUUUGGACUGAACUAUUAGGGCUUGAAAUUUGUUUUGCAGUGUUGUUCCGCCCACCUUGAACUUGUAUCAAGGAAACAGAACACCUUCAGACAUCAAAAGCAAACUCAUUGCUGCUUUAGUGAAACAUUAAACUCUCUAAAAUGGAAAGAUUUCAUGCACCAUACACUGUAAAAUCAAAAUACUAAUAAGGGAAUGGAAAGAUUUCUGUCAAGUUGGACCACAAGCCCAACACAUUAUAUUUAACAACUUUACCACCUUCAUGUUCCAUUUCUCAGCUCUGUCUCCUCCAAUUCCUUCUUUCAUAAAUAGUGUGAGAGGUUAAAUCCCAUGUGUUACGCCAUCCUCAGAACUCUUUUAGCUAAAGAUGAAGAAGGUUAAAGAACUAAAAUGAGGUGAGCGCUGUUGGAGAGCUACUCUCCAACCUUUGAGAGAUUAAGAGACAGAAGAUGGAAUCGCUUAAGCCCAAUUCCUCAAUGGCUAACAUGUUAGAUGGGGAUUCCGGUUGAGAAGGUUUAUUUUCUUAAGAGUUUCAUGUUGAUGAGUUAAUCAGUAUGUGGACUAUUUUGUCUGAGGGAAUCAAUACCUUAGAGCAGUGGUUCUCAACUGGUUGAGCCUCAGGACCCACCAACUACUACUCCAUGAAAAUCGCGACCCAAAUUUCUGAUAUUUUUCAACCAAUCAUAUUUAAUUUAAUAUAAGAAUUGUGCAGUCUGGACCUCAGACGGUACGAAGCCAAAGAGUGAUAGCACAAAGAAACUGAAGGAAACAAACUUGUUAAAAAAGCGCUUCAACGCCUUUUUGACAGCAUUUCUCUUCCAGGCACACCUCGACCCACUAAAAACAGCUCCGCGCCCCACUUUUGGGUCCCGACCCACCAGUUGAAAACCACUGCCUCAGACUUUCCUUUAAAAAAAAAAAAAAAGGCAUAAAGAACUCCCCCCAAGCAACACAAUGAGAUAUGAGUAAUGACUUGCUCCAUAGCUAUUUUCCAACUUUACAUUUACCUUCAACAGUUUUAUUUUAAAGAUGUCCUUCCUGUUUCACCAAACAAAACAGGCUUAAGUAUACUCAAGGUCGACAAAUAUGCCUCAUCUAUCAACCUCUGUUUCCACUCACAUCAGCUCUAAGUGUGAUUAAAAGAAGACGUCUGCAGCUUGGGAGUGUGAAUGCUUUGUGUUGGAGUGUUUUUUUUUAAUAGAGUUGUGAGUUUUCAUAAAAACUGACCUGUGCAGAAAACAUGUUUUCUUUUCCAACAUGUCUAUUGAAAUACAAUUGCCAUUUACUUUGCUCUUGGCUGGCCAAUAUGCAUAAAUUAUAUCACAAUGUUUUUUACUGUCUUGCUUAACACUUUGUUACGAUGCACAAUUCAAAUAAAAUGUACCAUAUUCCAA